AUGCCCAUUUACCAGCUCUCCUGCCAACAUUUGUCUUCUUCCAAACUUGCUGAGCUCAACAAGCAUCUCGUGACCUUUUUUUGGCAAGGUGCUAAUAGUAGCCACAAAAUUUCACUUAUUUCUUGGGACAAGAUAUGUACAUCUAAAGAAGAUGGUGGUGUUGGCAUCAAAAACCUUCGGGAUCAAGGUAGAGCCUUGGGUGCCAAGCUGGUCUGGAGACUGUUCAGAACUCCUCACCUCAAAUGGGCAAGAUUACUGAACCAGAAAUACCUCAAUGGAGAAGAUCCCAUCCAAAUAUUCAGAGAGACCAAUCCACCCAGAGGAUCUUGCCUUUGGAAUUUUAUGCUGGACUGCAGAAAGAUUAUCUCUGACAGGCUUACCUGGAACCUGGGAUCCGGGGAUAAAGCCCUUUUUUGGUCUGAUUCUUGGGGCGGCUAUAAGGCCAUUGAAAACCUCCACGACUUUGGUGCCACUGGAGUCCUUCUUGAAUCACAUAGAGGACCCUUGUUAAACAAUUAUCUCUCCCCUUAA